GGGCUGGCUAUGUCGAGCAUUCUUAAAUAAUAUCGAAUCAAUUUAAAGGAUUUAUUCUUGAAUCAUCUUCUGCGGGUUGUUUUUCGGUACAGGACACUGAAAUGUCGACCGAGACACAAAGUGCACCCGAAGAAAACCUUCAGGGUUCUUGGGUGGAGCUGCAUUUUAAUAAUGGAGGCAGCAACACGCCUAAAGGAGCUGCAGAGGAUCAAUCUGCUAGCACUGCUCCUAGUGGAGACCUGGAGAAAAUGCUGCUGGAUGCUCAGCACGAGUCGGGCAGGAGCAGUUCCAGGGGCAGCUUACCAUGUGACAGUCCUCCAAGAUCUCAGACUCCUUUGCAUCUGCGCAGGGGCUCAGAAGUCCACAGCUCUGGAGAAAAAAACAGCUCACAGUCAGAGGAAGACUAUCUGGAGCGCAGAAGAGAGGUGGAAAUUCUGAUGAAGAAAAACGCAGACUGGAUAUGGGAUUGGUCGAGUCGACCCGAAAACCUGCAGCCUAAGGAGUUUUUGCUGAAGCACCCGAAGCGCUCCAGCACCCUCAGCAUAAGGAACACCAGUAUGAUGAAGAAGGGAGGGAUCUUCUCAGCAGAAUUCCUCAAAGUUUUCCUGCCCUCUUUGGUCCUUUCACACAUCCUUGCUGUGGGUCUUGGGGUGUACAUUGGAAGGCGUUUAACUACCUCCGGCCCCUUUUAAGGGAACGCUAAAGGAAAAAACACACAAGAAAAAUCUCAUAUCCGCACAUUCACCAUCUCAGCUGCUUUGUCUUGAAUCGGUGCUUGUGUAGAUGCAGAUAGGACGAGGUAACAUGACACACUUCCUCUCCCUGGUUGUGGGCCACUCUGUCUCGCUUCCCCCUUGUGUAUUCCACUGGCCUUUCCCAUUGUUCCUCUGCAGCACAUAAUGAUGCCAGUUCAUUACAGGGCCGUCACUGCGGGGGAAGGUCAAGUUAGGCUCAUAGGCAGAUAAUUAGAUGUUCUGCAUCCUCAUAAUUUUGUAUUUUCUUGCACCAAGACUACUUACAAUAUUGAGAGGAUCAUAAAAAGGGGGAAUAAAGGACAAAAGAGAAUUCCGAAAGGGUUUAAUGGAAACAAAUGAUCACGGGAUGCUGGAUUCAGAGAACUCUAUUGAUGUGGUACCUGAAAUUAAGGCUUUGUUCACACUGCACAUAAAUAUGAUUUGUUUUUUGAAUCCACUGACAGUUCACACUGUCAUUUCCUUUUAUUUUUCAGACAAUAUAGUCAAUAUCCAUUGUAUCUACAGUACAUCAGUUGCUAAAGUAAAAUGCCAAAAGACUAGAGGACGGAAAACUGGAAAUUUUGUCCUUGCUCAAGUUUUUCUUGAUAUCUCACGGUUCGAGAGACAUAAAUGACCAAAAACGGCUCACUCGUUCACUCAUUCAUUACAUAGUGAAUGUCACAGUAGUUUGCUGUAUGAGGAAAGAGUGAGCAAAAAAUUUGUAUUUGGGCACAGCUACAGACAAUAUUGCACAUCUUUUGACAUUACAUAUGCAUUUCGUCCCAAAUGAUAAAAUAAAAUCCAAUUUGACCAUUCAGACUAAGAUGCAUUCCUGAUUUUAAUCAAGAUUUCAAACCACAUAUGGAUGAACUUUGAAGCAGCUUUGUAAAAAUUGGAUUUCAUGUGUUUUUUUGAUGUUCAGACAACAAACAACUGAACAGAUUAGUCCGAUAUGCCAACAAAAUUAUCAGAUUUUUGCUGCAUGUCUGAACAAAGCCUUAGACAGUGAAUUGGGAAGAGAUUUUCACCUUUCUGGACCAUAUCAAAACAGGGAUCGUAUCAAACUUUAAAAUAAAUCUCAACAUUUGAUUAAAAAGAAAGAAAAAAAUAAACAGUACAUAUAUAUGUAUUAUCUUUUCAAGUCUACAAUUCUCUGUGCUAUGAGGCUGUUUCUGCAUUUAUAAUGUUUUGAACACCAAAAUGCCCGUUUGCUUUGGGAAUCUGGCAGUAUACAGUAUUAUCUACACUGCCUGGCCAAAAAAAAAAAAAAAAAAAGUUGCAUACUCUAAUAUUUCAUUGGACCGCCUUUAGCUUUGAUUACAGCGUGCAUCCCUCGUGGCAUUGUUUUGACAAACUUAUUCAACGUCACAACAUUUAUUUCAGUCCAGAGUUGCAUUCUUUUUUGGCCGAGAUCUUGUACUGAUGACAGGAGAGUCGAACCACUCCAUAGAGUCUUCUCCAGCACAUCCUUAAGACUUUCAAUGGGGUUAUGGUCAGGACUCUGUGGUGGCCAAUUCAUGUGUGAAAAUGAUUCCUCGUGCUCCCUGAACCACUCUUUCACAAUUUGAGCCCAGUGAAUCUUAGCAUUGUCAUCCUGGAAUAUGCCCAUGCCGCCAAGGAAUAAAAAAUCUAUUGAUGGGAUAAUCAUUCAGUACAUUCAGGUAGUCAGCUGACUUCAUUUUAUUGCAUUGCUGAGCCUAGACCUGACCAACUGAAGCAACCCCAGAUCAUAACACUGCCUCCAGAGGCUUGUACAGUGGGCACUAUGCAUGACGGGUGCAUCGCUUCAUGUGCUUCCCUUCUUACCCUGAUGCACCCAUCGCUUUGGUACAGGGUAAAUCUGGACUCAUCAGACCACAUGACCUUUUUCCAUUGCUCUACAGUCCAAUCGUUAUGCUCCCUAGCAAUUUGAAGUAGAUUUUUCAGAGUAGCCUCAAUAACAAGUGGCUUUCUUAUGGCCACAUAGCUGUUUAGUCCCAAUCCUGUAAGUUCUCGUUGCAUUGUGCGUGUGUAAAUGCUCUUACUUUAAAUAUUAAACAUAGCCGUGAGUUCUACAGUUGAUUUUUUAUGAUGUGACCAAGCUUCCACAAAGCUGAUAGUUCACCACUAUCCUUCCAGGUUUUAAUAAUGCAUUGGAAAAGUUCUUAAGCCCAUUCCAGUGAUUUCAGCAAUCUCCUUAGUAGUUUUCUUUGCUUGAUGCAGGCCAAUAAUUUGCCUCUUCUGAAAAACAGUAACAUCUUUUCCACGACCACGGGAUACGUCUUCCGACAUGGUUGUUUAAGAAAUGAGAAGCUACACACUGCAUCAGUUAGGGUUAAAAGAAUUGUUGCCAGCUGAAACAUAUUAAUCACUGCAAUAAUGAUCCAAUCAUAGGCUCUUCAGUAUCUGCUUAUUUAAAUACAAACAGCAACUCUUUUUUUUGGCCAGGCAGUGUAGUAUAUACAGUGCAACCUUUCUCUGUAAAGCAGUCAUUUUCAUAUUGUUUAAAAAAAAAAAAAAAAAACCCAAGCCAAAGUUGACCAUAUUAGCUCACCUCCACUGAAAUUACAAAUAAGGUACAAAAUACUUCAAGAUGACUUGAGAUGUGUAUUUACCGAUGUUGUUUAAGUUUGCCUUAAUGCUGAACUGAAGUGCAAUCAGAAAUCAUGUAUCUGAACGGUCAGGCUUCCAGCCCAAAGAUUGCCUUAAACAGUUCAUGAAUCAGGCAAGGGAGUAUAAGGGAAAUUGUGUAAAAUUGUGCAUGUUUUGUAGUCUUUAAAAAUCAGAUUCGGUAUAUGUGUUAGUUUCAUAGUGGUUUUGUAUCAAAAGAUGAAAUCAACAGAAAUAAAUGUUUUCCAAAUGUAA